UGCCAAAGGGUAAAACAGACAAAUUCAAGUGAAGUUUAUUUUCGAGACAACAAAGCAUUCAAAGACCGGGCUUUCUGUGGUUUUUAGACCGCUGACCCUGUUUUUAGUUAAAGGUCACAAAAGCCGGACGAAUAGAGUCGAAGAUUCACAGCGCCAGGCGAUUGACAAAACUAUGGCCAAAGUAGAGUUCUUACUCUUAAUAUUAGCAUGCAGCAUCUUGGAGUUGGUAUUCUGCAAGCAGGAUGUCAGCGGACUUGGCGAUCUGGCCAAGAUUCUAGCUGAACUCUCUGGUGGAAGUCAAUGUGAAUUCAAAUGUCCAAAUGGUUACAAGCCAUUAACCAAUCCUAAUCACAAACCCUCUAGUAACGGAUGUGGUUCUAUGGGAGUACAGCUGGACACCACAAAUUUACCAGGCUUUACUCAUUGCUGUAAUGUUCACGACAAGUGCUAUGACUCGUGCAACAACAACAGGGCGCAGUGUGAUGAAGACUUCAAGUCAUGCCUUGAUAAUGUUUGCCUAUUUGAAGGCCUAGGUAAAAAGAUGAAGAAAGAGGAGAUGAAUGCUUGUGGAACAUCAGCAGAAUUGUUCUAUUCUGGAACCCUUGCAUUAGGAUGUAUGGCCUACAAGGAGGCCCAAAGGAAUGCUUGCUUGUGCAAUGGGAGAACUAUUUCUAAAGCUGAAAUGGAGGAAAUGGAGAGAAAAGAGAGUGGUGAACUAUAACACUUCCGGUUUUGUGUUAAUUUUAUAUUAGUUAGAAACAAACUUUCAUGGCCACAGUGGCCCACUUAUAGUAUAUAAAACCGUUCCAGACUGCA